AGUAAAGCACCAGUAAAUAAAAUCGCCUCACAACCUUUGCUUUCCCAUCAUUCUCCCUUUUCUUUGCUCGCUCUUUCGUUCAGAGCCACACAGAGUAUUUUUCUGUUUCUUCAUUUCCCACGCCCUUUUUUUUGUUCUACAGAAGAAAAAAAAUAUCGGAAGAAACAAAGACGGUCUUACUUGAAACACACACACACACCCAUAUCCACCCACAUUGCUGAACUCCAUUACUCUCCGCAGUCUCCGCGUUUCCGGCUUUCUGCUAUUACCGAAUCUAUUGUGACUUUAAGGAACCCGAUCUAUAUAUAUAUUUCGAAGGAGUGCCAUCGUUCUUUGUUUCCCUCGUUUCUGCGUAUUUCUCCUCUUUUUUUCCUCCGCGCGCGAAAAACACCGCUGUUGCGCAUUGUGUUCACUGUACCGAGAAAAGGAAGUGGAAGAGAAGUAAUAAGAAAAGAAUCCACAAGUGCGUGCGCUACAACUUUGUCGACUCCGUUCGCUGGUACGCACGUCAGCUUUCCUCUUCUUGCUGCUUCUUCUUGCUCUCUCCCCCCUCCUCUUUUUUAUUAAUUCCCCAGCUGCGAUCCAUCACGCACACGCGCACGUUCUCGCCGUUGCUUCCUUUCCGCUGUUCUCCCACCCGCCGUUCGCCGACAGGAUGACACGUACCAGCGAACCUGACUGUGCCGAGAAGCCGGUCCGGAAGGAUGCGCACCAGCUUAGUGACACCGAUGGCAGCGAAAGCACGCACAAUGUCAUUCGAUUGGACCUGCACAACCAGAAGCCGGUCAGCGAAUCACGCCGCUUUGCUUUGAUGACGCUGGCGUGCUUUGCCAUGAUCUGCGCGUCCACGUCGUACUCCUUCAACCUCUUCAGUGUGGCGCUGCAGACGAAGUACAACUACGACUCGCGCCAGAUGUCGUCCAUCAACACGGUUGGCAUGGUGUUCUGCUACUUCUUGUUGCCGUAUGGGUUCACCUACGACUAUCUCGGGCCGCUGCCGGUAUACGUACUGGCGUGCGUGCUGGCACCGCUCGGUCAGCUGCUGAUGGGCCUGACGUUCCAGGGCGUUGUGACCGGCAGCGUUGUGCGCUUCUGCGUGUUCAACGCGCUGCUGAGCCUGGGCAGCCAGCUGUUCGACCUGGCAACGGUAGUGACGCUAUUGAGCAUCUUCCCGACGAAGCGCGGCUGGGUGAUCGCGCUGCUGAAGACGCUGAUGGGGCUGGGCUCCGCGAUCAUCGGGUCGAUCCGCGUCGGCUUCUUCCCGAACACGCCCGCGAACUACUUCUACUUCCUGAUGGCAAUGGUGGUGGUGGUCGGCGUGAUGUGCGUGGUGUUUGUGCGGCUACCGUCGUACCACCUGACCGGCUACGAGCAGCGCCACCUGAGCCAAGAGGAGAAGCAGGUACGUGGGGCGGGGGUCGCGGCGUACCUCGUGAAGGAGCCGCCGAUGUGGCGCUUCUACUUCGGCAUCGCACUGAUUCUUGUGCUGGUGGUGUACCUGCCGGCGACGAGCGCUGUGUCCGCCUUCGUGAAGCUGCCCGCGUCGGGGCCGCAGACCUUUGCGAUCAUUACGGUGGUGCUGUCGUGUUGCUUCCUUGUGAUGAUGGCGCCGUGCCCGUGGCUGGACCGCCGUACGACAAAGAAGACGGCUGCCGCGCAGGCCGUGGAGGCGGGGGCGGAGAUGGCUGACGGGGCCGACGAAGACUCAACGCGCAAUGAGGUGCUGACGGACAUCGACUACAUCGCGCCUGCGUACCAGACGACGUUCCUGCAGAGCUGCUGCACGGUGCGGCUGUGGUGCAUCUUCUGGACGAUGUUCUGCGGCGUCGGCUCCGAGUUCGUGAUCAUCUUCAACGCGUCGACGGUCUUCCAGGCGCUGACGGAGACGGAGAACCUGGACACGACGGUGUCGGCGCUGCUGACGGUGCUGAACGGUGCGGGCAGUGCUGUGGGUCGUCUGCUGAUGUCUGUGUUCGAGGCGUACACGCAGAAGCGCAAGGCGGAGGACCGCAUCCCCAUCACGUACGCCUUCUUUGUGCCGACGGCACUGAUUAUCGUCUCGAUCGUGCUGUUCCUGGUGUUGCCGGGUCGCUCCCUGCUGCUCGCCUUCGCGAUUGCUGCGCUGGGCAACGGCUUCUGCGCAAGCAUCACGAUCUUGGUUCUGCGCACCAUCUACGCGAAGGAUGCGGCGAAGCACUACAACUUCGGCUAUAACGCGCUGUGGCUGUCGGCCAUCCUGCUGAACCGCCUGCUCUUUGGUGAGUGGAUCGCAUCGCGGGCGGAGAAGCAGGGGGUGAAGAAGUGUCUGGGCCGCGGCUGUGUGCUGAUGCCGAUGCUUGUGAUGAUGGGCCUGAACGUGACGGCGAUGCUGUCGGACGUGUACGUGCACUUCAGCUACGUGCGCUUCUCUCGCAAGGUGCUGGCGGAGCGCCGCCGCAUCAAGGAAGAGGCAGCCAACGUGGAGCCGGUCAGCGUGGGGAAGGAGAUGGUGGUGGUGACGGGUGAGCUGACGGCUGUACAGGACGAUAGCGAGAACCUCCGCGAUUCACUCGACAGCCCGAGGCAGGGUGCGUAA